AUGGCCACUGCGACCACGUUUCGCGCGGCUCGCAGGCCUUACGACCGUGAGGCGCAGGAGCGGCAGCCGCGGCAGACCACACGCUUCGUCGGCCGCGUUCAGUACGACGGCACAGAGUAUGUCGGGUGGCAGACACAGCCGAGCGGCCGCGGCGUCCAGGACGUCCUCGAGGCGCGCCUCUCGUCGCUGCUCGGCGGCCGCGUCUACGUCGCCGGCAGUGGCCGCACGGACAAGGGCGUGCACGCGCGGGACCAGGUCUUCCACUUCGAGACCCCUGCCCAGGAGACAGACGACGCGGCGGUGGCGUCCGUGCUCGAGCGGGCGGGCUUCCACGCGCGCGACUCGUACGUCUACACGGUUGAGGAGGGGAUCGGGUCGCCCUUCGGCGCGCGGUACCGGCACGACUUUUCCGCCUUUGGCGUCCGGCGGCCAGACGACCCGCGGCCGCCCACAAAGGACGACGGCGGCGACGGCGGCGGAGGCGUCGUGAUCAUCACCGCAGAGAGCGACCGCUUCCUGUACAACAUGAUGCGGCUGCUGAGCGGCACGCUCGUCCAGGCGGCGGCGGCGUGGCUCGCCGGCCCCGGUCGGGGCCUGGACGAGCUGACCCUGCGGCUGGCCGAGGGCCGUCACGGCUCGCUUGUCGUCAAGGCUCCGCCGCAUGGCUUGUGCCUCGAGCGCUGCUUCCUCGACUACGAGCACGAAGUGUUGGCUGUUGCUGAGUUAGUCUUUAGUGAGAUGGUGACAUACGUGAUACGUUGA